AACACAGGCCCCAUACCAGCGUCAUCAGAAUGUUGACAUGCUUUGUGUCAUGAGGCAUGAGCGGAGCACUCUGAGUGUUUACAGUCAUCAGAACAGCUGUCUGUUAGCAGGACAGAGUUCAUUUCAGGCUGAACAACAAGACAAGUGUAGUGGACAAAAUAGGUUUCAUGUUUGCACAUUAAACAUGCUGGUUUCAGAAAACAAGAAAAGGGCCUUAAACACUACAGAUUGUAUGACUGUAAUGUUGUGGUUUGUUUUGUUUUGUUUUCACAUAAGCACAAUCAUAAGAAGAUGACGGUACUGAAGACAAGGUGUGUCCUGCCCCUCGCUGCCCUCCUCCUCCUCAUGUCCGUCGUUCCCAUAGGAGCUGAAGUGGUGAAGUCGAUAUCAGACUGUGACCAGUUUUUUCUACAGGCAACUCCACCACAAGUCCCAGGGAUCUUAGUGGACGGCAUCAUCCUGAACCAGACCCAAUACAAACUCAUCUGCCAGACUUUUAUGAAUGAGAGGAGGUUUGUGACGCUCUACGACACUGCCAGCAAGAUUCCUGUGUUUUCUGCGAACAAGUACAGGGGGGGAAAUGGAAACAGACCUGACACCCCAUGGAAAACCGAACCACAGGUGUUUUUCCUCAUAAUCAGAAACAUGACAAAGUAUUUAGAGUCCUACGUACUAGCUACUACUAAUCUUGAGAAUGGAAAUGAUGACAAAAACAUGAGGGAUGACACAAACAUGACCUACAUCUACCAGGCUGGGGACUAUGAUUACAAAGACAAUCAAACAUUUGACCGGGGCCAUUUGUUCCCAAGCUCUUAUGCAUUCAGUGAAAAUGACAAAGACUCGACCUUCACCCUGACCAACGCUGUUCCACAGGCGGCGACUUUCAACCAAGGAAGCUGGAGGAGAAUGGAGAACUGCAUCAAAUGUGUUAUGGACAAAUACUGUUUCAACAACAGUGGUGUUACUGAAGGCUUUGUGGUGACAGGGGCACAGCCCAGCAUCAGAGACACUCUCAGCAACAGGGUUAACAUACCUUCCAUGCUAUGGUCAGCCUUCUGCUGUUACAGUCAAAACGUGAGCAAGUGGCUAGCAAGUGCGUACUGGGGCGACAAUGUCGCAGAUCAAUCUCAAUCUGAAAACCUACAAACAAAAACUUUGGCAGAACUCAACACUAAACUGAGCAGUGUGGGCUCAGGGUUUGAGACGUCAUGGUCGAAGCCUGCAGGCUGGACCCACAACCACGAUUAUCAUUCCCACUCCACCAGCAACAAACAUGACCCAAACUACUGCAGUUAA